AUGCUGAUGCGGAUGUACUUACGGUGGGCGGAGCAGCGCAAAUUCAAGCGCGACGUCCUGGACGUGUCGGUGGGCGAUGAGGCAGGCAUCAAGAGCGCGGUGUUUCAGGUGUCGGGCAGAUUCGCUUAUGGGUAUCUACAGGCGGAACGGGGGGUACAUCGGCUUGUGCGGAUGUCACCCUUCGACUCCGACCAUGCGAGGCACACAUCUUUUGCGCUCUUGGAAGUGCUGCCGGAGGUGGAAGAGGGUGUUGAUGUAACGAUCAACCCUGAUGACCUGCGAAUUGAUGUGUUUCGCGCCGGAGGGCAUGGCGGCAGAUGUACAGAAGAACUCGACGCCGUGCGGAUAACGCACCUUCCUACGGGCAUCCGCGUGAGUUGCCAGAACGAGCGCUCGCAGCACCAAAACCGCGAGAUUGCGAUGCGAAUCCUGAUGUCGCGUCUGGUGGAGCGCGAGAUGGCUGAGAAAGCUCGCCAAAUGGCGAAGCUCAAGGGCGAUCAUGUGUCCCCGGAGUGGGGCAACCAGAUUCGGAGCUAUGUGCUUCACCCGUACAAGAUGGUGAAGGACCACCGUACCGGAUAUGACACAUCAGAUGUUGACGCCGUGCUGGAUGGCGAACUCGACGAUUUAAUCAAGGCAUGGCUGACGACCAAAAUCGGAAAUGACGAAAAACCAUCCCAUUAA